AUGACGUUAAUUGUGGUGUCAUUAUUCCUUCCUUACACCAUCAACUUCAAUCUCGAUGAGGGACAACGACCCAAGGUGGACGUGACCACGGAGCCGGUGGCGCCUUCGCGACCUCCAAUCAGUCGCUCCAACUCGGAUCUCAAGACUCUCCCGACGGUGCCCAAAAGUGGAGGCGUUUCCGCUCUCACUCUGGCCCUUGAACGAUUCCCUCAGGAGAAGCCCUCUCAACAAAACUCCGGCGGCUCCUCCCUUACCUCGUCCGUGACACAGACACCCAACCCGGCUCUCCCUUCCAUGUUCCAUAAGGCCGAGCCUACAGGUCCUGCUCCCGCCAUCGUCCACCCUGACGAAUUCUUCAAGCCCUCUCCGCAUGCGCAAGCCUCCGCUAUUGUGCAGCCUCCAUCAGCGGUGGCAGGGGCUCUACAAGUCUCGUCUGCUGGAUCACCCCAGCAGGCCGGAUUCUUGGAAAACGAACUUGCUCUGCAGAAAAUGAAGCACCCUACUGUUCCUCCGUCUGCUUCGGAACCGUCGUCCGUGUCUUCAGCCAACUCCAACCCAGCAGAGUAUCCUACGCUUCGGCCUCCCCGACCGCAAUACAACCAGCCUCAGUCCCGUGCCUCCUCACCACCCCCUAGAGUUGUCGACAAGCGUCGCCCCGUGUCUGGACAGACAGCCAUGCGGUUUAUUGACAGAUUCGGGCAGCAGAAACCCAGCGAUUCGUUUCAAUCCGCCAAGGACUGGACUGUGGAGAAGUCGCACAAGGGUAACGGAGGUCUCAGAAAUGCCGUCAACCGAUAUUGCGCUUCUACUAACCAUAAGAAGCUGUGGGUGGGAACCCUUGGCAUGCCUUCUGAUGAACUCGGAGACGUCUCCAAGGUGGAAAUCGAGCGCAAACUCACUCGAGAGUAUGAUUCAGUACCUGUGUUUGCUCCUGAUAACACCUUCGAAGCCCACUACACACACUACUGUAAGGGUAUCUUGUGGCCCACUCUCCAUUAUCAGACACCUGACUCAGACAAGUCAAAGGCAUACCAUGACCACUCUUGGGAACACUACAAGGCCCUUAACCAGAUGGUUGCCGACAAGGUGAUUGAGGUGUACAAGCGUGGAGACGUUAUCUGGAUUCAUGACUACCAUCUUCUGCUCGUUCCUGAGAUGGUUCGUCAGCAGCUGCCCAAUGCUCGAAUCGGAAUGUUCCUGCAUGUCACUUUUCCUUCCUCUGAGGUGUUCCGAUGCUUGGCUGCACGAAACGAAUUACUUACAGGUAUGCUUGGUGCAACUUGUAUUGGUUUUCAGACUGCUGAGUAUGGCCGACACUUCUUACAGACAUGCAAUCGUCUGCUUGUCGUGGAUGCUUCUGUCGACGGAGUAGAGAACAACGACGGCCGUUUUACUGCUGUAGUUGCUUGUCCUAUUGGUAUUGACCCUCCUUCUCUUCAGAAGCACUUUAUGGACCCUGAAGUCGACAAGUGGCGUCGACUGAUCCGUGCACGAUGGCCUGGGAAGCGAUUACUUGUUUCCAGAGAUAAGCUCGAUUCACUGCGUGGAAUCAAGCAGAAGCUGCUGGCUUAUGAACACUUUCUGAUCAACAACCGGGAGUUUUGCGAUAAUGUUGUCCUUGUACAGGUAUGUUUGUCUGGAAACGAGUCGGAUUCUCUCGAGGGAGAGCUGGUGCACAUCAUGGACCGAAUUAAUGCUCUUACCGAUGACCUGAGCAAUCAGCAGGUCAUCUUUUUGCAUCAGGAUAUCGAGUUCGAGCAGUAUUUGGCCAUGCUGGCCGAGGCUGAGGCAUAUGUUGCUCUUUCUCUGCGAGAAGGCAUGAACCUGACCUGUCAUGAGUUCAUCUUGUGUAGCAAGGACAACAGUGGUCAGCUGAUCUUGUCUGAGUUCACUGGUUCUGCCUCCGUUCUCGACAACGACGAUGUGCUUGUUGUCAAUCCCUGGAACAUGCGACAGGUCUCUGAUGCAUAUAAGACAGCUCUUACAAUGGACCGAGGGACUCGGGAGAAGCAUCGAGGACGUCUGGUCGAGUUUGUGGAAGGCCAUACUUGUCUGCAAUGGGCCACUACUUUCCUGCAACAUCUGGAAGAUGCCUGGGUGGAGCACCAAAAGUCCAAGCGACUGUUGCCCAGAUUGAACAUUGCGUAUGCCAAGGAAAGGUACGAUAUUGUUGCCAAGCAGCCUGGAAAGUAUCGGUUGUUCCUUCUCAACCUGGAAGGGCGAGAUUUUUCCUCUCCUCACACUUCCAAGCCUGCACUGUCCUCCUCAGCUGCUGUCUACUCGUCCACUCACAACAGGAUCCCCAUUCUCACUGAGCUGGUUUCGGACCCUUACAAUGUGGUGUACAUCAUCUCCUCUGAUGCCAGGCACGAUAUUGAGCGUCUGUUCCGCAACGUCCCCAACCUGGGUAUUAUUGCUGAGAACGGUGGCUACCUGCGCCCUUACAGAUCUGACCAGUGGAUCCGGAUGUGUGACGAGGAGGAUGUACAUAACUGGAAGGACUCUGUGCUAGAAGUCCUGGAGAGUAUCAAGGAGCGAUGUCCGGGAUCUUCUAUCAAGAGCGACGAGACCACCAUCACCUUCCAGUUUACUCCGCAGUACUCUGCUGAGCAGGAGCAGGACUUCUCGUUUGACUUUGCCGGAGAAUGUGUCUCACACAUCAACGACGCCUUCUCCACUCAGAACAUUACUGCCCGAUUCAACGACGACCGUAUCCUGGUUGAGAACCAGCAGCUCUCCCGUCUGGCGGCUGUGAAGCGCGCUGUGGCCAUUUUUGAAAAGACGUGCAAGAUUGGAGGAGACAUCGAGUCCAAGGGCAUCAACUCUGGCCACCUUACCGUUGCUCCUUCGUCUCCCACGCUCACAAGAACACGGUCAUACACCAUCAGUGCUCCUGGUCCCUCUUACGAUGCCACCAUUUCCUACGUGUUUGUGGCUGGUAACGACCAGAGCGACUACCCCGUGAUCGAGUGGGCCAACUCUCUCGGCGAUGUGGAGACAGUGCUUACUGUCGGCCUUCAUUCGGAGCACAGCCCUGCAGCUGUCAGUGUUGAGGGUCUCAACGGUCUGACUCUGGCUCUCCGAGAGCUUGCCGUGGGAGACCGCAGUGAUAUCAAGGGCGACCGAGAUACGCGAGAAAGAACGCCGUAG